AUGCACGCCAACAACGACGACUCCCUGACUACACUGAAGCCGGAACUCUACGUGGCCUCUAACCAGAUACAGUGGGGUGUAAAUCUCAAGGCGCUUGAAAACUUCCAGAAGUCGUUCGGUCGGGACGAAAAAGGAGAACAGCAAUACCUCGAUCUGGGCUGUGGCACGGGUGACUUUACACGCGAGGGCCUGCUUCCCCGCUGUCUUCCAUGCCGAAGGAUUGUCGCUGUCGACGUCUCCAGGGACAUGGUGGAGUACGCCAGGAGUCACUUCGCCCAUCCCAAGAUUACAUACGACGUCCUCGACGUUGUUGCAGAUGACGUGUCCGAUUUCGUGGAGCGGCACGGUCAGUUCGACAGUGUCUUCUCUUUCUUCUGUCUAAACUGGGUGAGGAAUCAAGAGAAGGCGCUCAAGAACAUCGCGCUUCUGAUGAAACCCGGCGGCAAUUGUCUGCUCCUCUUCUGCGCCUCUACGCCACUGAUGCGAUGCCACCAGGAGCUUUCUCGGAUGAAGCGUUGGGAGAAAUACGCGCACGUGAGCAAUGCCGACGGUUUUCUUCACGCGAAGUUUAUUUCAGACGCGUGA